UCCACAGAAGACUCAUUUGGGGAAAAGAGUUUUCCAAAAGAGAAAUAGACAGAAUGAAGCCCAUAUCUCUUCUAGAGACGUGGGAUGAAGGACAGAAUGAGAGCAGAUAUCAGAGAUACUUUUGCUCAAAGAAAUAUGUGAUUUUAGAGGAGAAUGAAAGCAAAGAAAAAGCAAAGGAAGAGAAGAAGGCGAAAAAGAAAGAGAAGUACAAGAAAUAUAGGAAGAAUGUGAGGAAGGCCUUGCGUUACAGCUGGAAAUGUUUGUUGCUGGGACUUCAGAACUUCACGGUGGGUUACGGCGCCCCCAACCCAGGUGUCGCGUUCGUCUACGAGUCCAGACCAAGCGCAGACAGGACAAAACCAAAUCAUUUAUAAGAAGUCAGCUGGCUCAAGCAAAUGAUUUGACACUCUUUCCUGAUCAGUCUUGAGACUUUGUUUGUUUUGGGAUCUAUGUGGAUAUUUGGAGCAAUCGGAAAAUGAUAUUUUUAGUCCUGCAACUUAUCAUAUUAUGAUAAAUGCAUAUUUGGCUGGAAAGAAAAGGAAACGACUCCAAGAAAACCAAUGGACUUUUAGAUUUAUUAGUAAUUCAUAUUUGUUUUACAAAUUAUAUAAGGAGCAAUGGGAUAAGAAAUGAGAAAAAAAAAAAAUUAAGAGCAAAAUCAAGAGAAAACUAUGCAUGUUAUCACUACAUCAUCCAGAGACUUGUUACUAGAUACUGAAACAUUUGUCUGUCUAUUGUUCUUUGGUUAGUUCAUUACGCAAUACGUUUGACUCAGUAGCUGCAAGGUAUAAUAAUAUCUGAGUAAAAAAUAUCUUCUCAAAAUACAAUACAAAAGAGUUGAAAUGCACCAAUCAGCCAUAUAAUUACAACACAAACAUAAAGCCCUGUGUUGGUUUAUCUUCCUCUUAUGCCCCCUGGGCAGCUCUGCCCCCUUGGACAAUGUCGCCACAAGACUUUUGGGGGUGUGCUGUGGUCUCUGGCUCCAGGGUGUUGGCAGCAGAUCCUUUGAGCACUGUAGGUUAAAGAUUGGGUCUCCAUGGAUUGGAUUUGUUGGUCUGGUGUAUCCCAUGAGAGCUCAGUCAGAUUGGGAUCUAGGGUAUUUAAAGGCCAGGUCGGCUACCUUGGGCUCUUUGCCUGCUGGGCCACGUGCAUUACGGGCUGUGGUGCACUGGGUGUUCUGUUACCUUUAUUCAGCGGUCUAUUGUGCAUUGGCUUUUUUUAUUGAAUCCAGCCAGAUGGGAUGGCUUUCGGUCCCUGGAGACAUGAGUGAUCAGUGUUAAUGUGUUAAUGUUUUGUGGUGUUAAUGUUAUGGCUGAUCAGUGGGAAUGUAUUCUGAGCAUUCUGAAAACCUGAUCACUUAAAAAAUGGAAUAAAUAUGAAUAAAUGUGGACAAUAAACAACUAAUAGAUAUUAAGCAUAAUAAGUUACUUUUACUUAAGCACAAGAAGUACACUAAUGUAGGGUAUUUCUUUCCAAAUACCUAGAUUAGCACUUGAAAGAAUACGCUAGUGUUUAUCUUUUCAUAUGUGCUUUUACAUGCAGUCACUGAAUAAUCAUUAAUUUUUUUUUAUCUGAUUUAACUUAAUUUUUUUGUUUAUUCUGCCUAAUUUUUAGUAUUAGUAUUAAUAAUAUGUAUGAAUAAGUAUUUAUACUGUUCUGAGUGAAAUUAUCCAAGAUUUCACUGGCUGAAAAAGUAAGUUUAGAGCGAAGGUUUAGCAUGUCGUCAGUGUGUGUAUAAAGCGGUGUAGAGGAUUUUGAAACAGGAAGGUUUAGAGCAGAUGAAAACAGGAUGUUCUUACAGAGACCAGAAGCACCAGGUCAAGUCUCAUGACGUUUGCAGAUCUUUUUCCAUACUGCCUCAAACAAACCCUGCUCGACUUCCCUUCUUUGCCUGUUGUGCUUUGUGUGAUCAAAGUAAAAAUGUGAAACUGUUGGGUGCCAUGUGUACAAACUGGUGUUAUCUGAUCAUGUGUCAUGUGAUUUUUCAUGUUGAAAAUGUGAACCAAUGUAUGUUGUAUUAGAUAUAAUUUUUUAAACAUAUAUUUAUUUUAUUUUAAAUCUUUAAUUCUUGGAAGCUUUUUCUAAAAAAAUAUGCAUUGAUAAUAAAAGCAUUGUUCUGUAUAGUUUAGCGUUGAGCUCCAGGGUUCCUGGACUGUAUCUGUGUGGAGUCUCUGUACUGUUUUCUUCCUGUGUCUACUUGGGUUUCCUCUGGGAGUUCCGGUUUCCUUCCACUCUUUAGAAGAAAACUGUGACCUUCCAAAAAAGGAAGGAGGGUGGGAGGGGCGGUUCAUGCAACAAAAAAAACCAUUAGAAUACAUGAAUGUUUUCAUGCCUGAUGACUGGUUUCACAUACAGUGUGCAUUCCUGGGAUGGACCUACUGGCACUGUGAAAAGAAAACUAGUAUCUGGCUACAGUAAAUCCUGAAAGAAUAUUUCUUAUUAGUGGUACAGUGUUAUUUGUGUUCCUUUAAGUCUCUCAUACACUCCAAUCCUUUUAUUCAUAUACUAAACAUUGUGUCUUCCCAUAUGACAUAUAUAUAUAUAUAAAAUUUUAAAGAUUAUUUAAAAAUUGAUUGUUUAUGUAACAACCCCUCUCAUAUGUGCCAACCACUUAGUAUCAAACAUUACAAAUAUACUACUAUAUACUGUAUAUAAUUCCAGGUCUGUUGAAAAAAUGUGAAAAGAU